CAUGGGCCAAGGAGGCAGCACUCCCCUUUCUCUCACAGUGGCCCAUUGGAAAGACGUCCGGAGUCGGGGACUCAACCUCUCCGUCAGUGUCAAAAAGGGACCUUGGCAGACUUUCUGCUCAUCUGACUGGCCGGCCCUGGGUGUAGGAUGGCCAGCGGAUGGGACUUUUAACCUAUCCCUUAUUUUUGCAGUGAAGAAUAAGGUGUUUCAGUCAGGACCGGCGGGCCACCCGGACCAGCAGCCAUAUAUCGUUGUCUGGCAGGACCUGGUUCAAAACCCUCCCCCUUGGUUAAAACCUUGGCUGACGUCCAGUACCUCUCGGGUUCUCGUGGCCCAGACCCCUCCCGCAGGCCAAGCAAAACCCCCUUUGGUUGACCCUCAAGCCGAUCUUCUCCUCUUGGACUCUCCGCCCCCCUAUCCCUCUCCUCUCCAGCCAGAGCCACCGGAGAGACCAGAGCCUGUAGCACCCCCCGCUCCUCCCGCGGAGGGACCGGCCCAGGGUACCCGGAGGCAGAGAAGGCAGCCAGUGUCUCCUGACUCGACUGUGGCCUGCCCUCUUCGACCCUACGGGCCUCCGCCCACCCGUGGGGAUGAUGACGAGUCGGCUCCGCUUCAGCCGCUCCAAUACUGGCCCUUCUCCUCGGCAGAUCUCUAUAACUGGAAAACUAACCAUCCUCCCUUUUCAGAGGAUCCACAACGCUUGACGGGGCUAGUUGAGUCCCUGAUGUUCUCUCAUCAGCCCACCUGGGACGACUGCCAACAGCUCCUCCAGACUCUCUUUACUACGGAGGAAAGGGAGCGGAUUCUUUUGGAGGCCCGAAAGAACGCUCCUGGCCCCGAUGGUCGGCCAACCCAGCUCUCCCAUUUGGUGGAUGCAGCCUUUCCAUUGGCCAGACCGGACUGGGAUUUCAACACGGCAGAAGGUAGGGAGCACCUGAAGGUCUACCGCCAGACUCUAGUGGCCGGCCUCAGAGGGGCAGCAAGGCGCCCCACAAAUCUGGCUAAGGUAAGAGAGGUCAUCCAGGGGCCCACUGAACCGCCCUCUGUAUUUCUUGAACGGUUAAUGGAGGCAUUCAGGCGGUACACCCCAUUUGACCCCGCUUCGGAGGGACAGAAAGCUUCGGUAGCCAUGGCUUUCAUAGGACAGUCAGCAUUAGACAUUAAGAGGAAGCUGCAGAGAUUAGAAGGGCUGCAGGACUUUACUCUUCAGGAUUUAGUUAAGGAAGCGGAGAAAGUGUACCACAAAAGAGAGACGGAGGAGGAGAAGGAGUUGCGAAAAGAGAAGGAAAGGGAGGAAAGAGAAGAAAAGAGAGAGAGAAGGGAAGAGAAAAGGCUAACCCGUAUCUUGGCCGCAGUGAUAGGAGAAAGUAAACCGCAGGAGAAGGGAAAGGAAAGACAGGCAGGAAACUUGGGCAACAGGCCACCGUUAGGCAAAAACCAAUGUGCCUACUGCAAGGAAGAAGGGCAUUGGAAGCGGGAAUGCCCGAAGAGACUAGCGAAAAAGGCGCUGGCUCUUCAGGAAGAUAGUGAUUGAAGAAGUCGAGGCUCGGUUCCCCUCCCCGAGCCUAGGGUAACUCUCAAGGUGGAGGGGAAGCCUGUUAAUUUCCUGGUGGACACCGGAGCCCAGUAUUCCGUUCUUAAGAAACCACUAGGGCCGGUCUCCCAGAAAACCUCCUGGGUGAUAGGGGCAACAGGAAAUGAACAAUACUCCUGGACCACUAAUCGGACGGUAGAUUUAGGCACGGGAAGAGUGACUCAUUCCUUCCUCAUAAUACCAGAGUGCCCAGCCCCCCUUCUGGGGAGAGAUUUAUUAACUAAAAUGGGGGCCCAGAUCACCUUCACCCCACGAGGGCCGACCCUGACCCAACAUGGGGAACCAAUUACCCUCUUGACACUUCAGCUCGAAGAUGAACAUCGGCUGUUUGAAAAUAAUGUCCGAGGGGAUGAGAGGAUAGCAGAAUGGUUACAGCAAUACCCUAAGGCUUGGGCCGAAACUGCGGGAAUGGGCUUAGCAACCGAACGGCCCCCCGUGAUAGUAGAGCUUAAGUCUACAGCAACCCCGAUUGCGGUACGGCAGUAUCCCAUGGCAAAAGAAGCCUGGAGGGGAAUUAAGAUCCAUAUCCAGCGCCUCUUACACCUAGGGGUUUUGGUUAAAUGCCAUUCCCCGUGGAAUACCCCUCUCCUCCCGGUAAAGAAACCUGGAACUAAUGACUACCGACCGGUGCAGGACUUAAGGGAAGUCAACAAGAGGGUGCAGGACAUUCAUCCCACGGUCCCCAAUCCUUAUAAUCUCCUGAGUUCUAUCCCUCCGUCUCAUGUAUGGUAUUCAGUCCUAGACUUAAAGGAUGCCUUCUUCUGCCUGCGGCUGCACCCUGCCAGCCAAAACAUCUUUGCUUUCGAAUGGAGAGACCCAGACUCGGGGAUGACAGGGCAGCUGACUUGGACCCGGCUUCCCCAAGGGUUCAAGAAUUCUCCCACCAUCUUCGAUGAGGCCCUUCAUCAAGAUCUGGCUGCUUUCCGCGCUGACCACCCGCAGGUCACUCUUCUCCAGUACGUAGACGACCUUCUCCUCGCAGGAGCUACAAAAGAGGACUGUGAAGCAGGUACCAGAGCGUUGCUCUUAGAACUCUCGCGCCUAGGGUACAGGGCCUCGGCUAAAAAGGCACAGAUAUGUCAGCGGAGAGUAACCUAUUUAGGAUAUGCUCUGGAGGGAGGGAAGAGAUGGCUCACUGAAGCCCGAAAGAGCACGGUCACCCAAAUUCCCAGGCCACAGACCCCCCGACAGGUACGCGAGUUCCUGGGGACAGCUGGAUUUUGCCGUCUCUGGAUUCCGGGCUUUGCAACCCUGGCGGAACCCCUUUACCCGCUGACGAAACAAGGGAACCCCUUCGAAUGGGGGGAAACUCACCAGAAGGCCUUUGACAACAUCAAAAGGGCUCUUCUCUCUGCUCCGGCAUUGGCCUUACCAGACGUGGCCAAACCCUUUACUCUAUUCAUAGAUGAGAGAAAAGGGGUGGCCAGGGGGGUCCUAACUCAAACCUUGGGCCCCUGGAAGAGGCCUGUGGCCUAUCUAUCCAAGAGACUAGACCCGGUGGCUAGAGGGUGGCCAGGCUGUCUGAGGGCAAUCGCAGCCACCGCCCUGCUCGUACGGGAUGCGGAUAAGCUUACCUUAGGACAGAAACUGACUGUAGUAGCCCCGCAUACCCUCGAGAGCAUUAUCCGGCAGCCGCCAGACCGGUGGAUGUCCAAUGCCCGGAUGACUCACUACCAGAGCCUCCUGUUAAACGAAGAUCGAGUCCAUUUUGGGGCCCCAGUAGUCCUCAACCCGGCAACAUUAUUGCCGGAGGUAGAUCCCGAGGGUAAAGAAGUUCUACACUCGUGUCGUGACAUCCUGGCAGAAGAAACGGGGCCAAGGAAAGAUCUUAAGGAUUCUCCCCUGGCAGGACCUCAACUCACCUGGUUCACAGAUGGCAGCAGCUACCUCUAUGAAGGUAAGAGGGUAGCGGGUGCAGCUGUGGUCGAUCAGGACCGGACUAUUUGGGCUAGCAGCUUGCCUGAAGGGACUUCGGCUCAGAAAGCUGAGUUAAUUGCCCUAACACAGGCCCUCAGACUCGCAGAGGGCAACCGAGCCAAUAUUUACACUGAUAGCCGUUAUGCCUUCGCUACUGCUCAUGUGCACGGGGCCAUAUACCGUCAGAGAGGUCUCCUCACUUCAGCCGGGAAAGAGAUUAAAAAUAAACAAGAGAUUCUUGACCUCCUAGAGGCCGUCCAUGCCCCACGGGAGGUGGCUAUCAUUCACUGUCCCGGUCAUCAGAAAGGGACCUCAGAGGUAGCAAUGGGAAACAGGAAGGCAGAUGCCGAGGCAAGACAGGCCGCUCUCGGGCCCCGGGUAUUUACCCUCGCUGCUGCUGCUGGCCCCGCGGUACUACAGUCAGAGGCCCUCUGCUACACCCCAGAAGAAGAAGAAGAUCUACUUAAAAAGCCAGAAAAAUACCAUAAAGACAAACUCGGGGUUUGGAGGACCACGGGGGAAAAAAUGGUGGUACCGAGGGAAGCGGCCACCGCCUACCUCCAACAGCUCCAUCGUCUCACCCACCUGGGGGCCAAACACCUCAGCUCCACCAGCCGGGCUACUGGACACUAUGUCAAGGGACUCGAUCGCCUCUCAGAGGAAGUAGUCAAACAAUGUAAAGCAUGUCAACUGGUAAAUAUACAUCCAUCCCAGAUCGGGACCGGACAGAGACUCAGGGGGGACCGGCCAGGAAGCUACUGGGAGGUAGAUUUUACAGAGGUAAAGCCCGCCCGCUACGGUUACAAGUACCUCUUAGUUUUUAUAGAUACUUUCUCAGGUUGGGUAGAAGCCUUUCCCACUAAGAGAGAAACUGCCACCGUGGUCGCCAAGAAGAUUUUGGAAGACAUCUUCCCGCGAUUCGGAAUUCCAAAGGUAAUUGGAUCGGACAACGGUCCGGCCUUCGUUGCCCAGGUAAGUCAGGGAAUGGCCAAGAUACUGGGGGCGGAUUGGAAAUUGCAUUGUGCUUACAGGCCCCAGAGUUCAGGUCAGGUAGAAAGAAUGAACAGAACAUUAAAAGAGGCUAUGACUAAAUUAUCCUUAGAGACUGGCGUGGCAGACUGGACGGUCCUCCUUCCCUUUGCUCUUUUCCGCGCGCGAAAUACCCCAGGACCCCUAGGAAUAACCCCAUUCGAGAUUCUGUUUGGGGCCCCUCCGCCCCUGGCCGCUGACCCAUGGUCUGUACCAACCGAUACUCACACUCCUCAAUCCCUACUUGCCAGGCUGAAGGCCCUCGAGACUGUCCAGAAGGAGGUGUGGACCCCCUUGGCUGCCCUCUACAAACCAGGGGAGCUGCAGGUCCCCCACCAGUUCCAGGUCGGAGACUUCGUCUACGUCAGACGCCACCGAGCUGCUAAUCUCGAGCCGAGGUGGAAAGGACCCCAUCUGGUGUUGCUAACAACCCCGACGGCAGUCAAAGUAGACGGCGUAGCUGCCUGGAUCCAUGCCUCCCACGUUAAGCGAGCACCCCCUCCGGAUGAUGACAGCCAUGGAUGGACUGCAGAGAAAACAAAUAACCCUCUCAAGCUGCGGAUUCGUCGCUGUCCUCCUCCUCCUGCCAAGCCUGCCGCUGAUAAGUAGCAACCCCCAUGCCCCAAAGAGACUAACCUGGAGGGUAAUAUCCCCCCACACUGGACAAACAGUUUGGUCAACCACCACCAGAGUAGCCCCGCCAGGGACCUGGUGGCCGAGCCUAACACCAGAUCUUUGUGCCAUGGCUGCAGGAUGGGGGUGGGACAUACCAAAGCUUAGAGUAGAGGACACCAAGAAAAUAAUUCAAGG